AUGAUUCCUAUUCGUUGUGUUCACACUGUUUACUUGCGUCCAGCGGUGGCGUAUCCAGCUGGUGGUGGUGGUGGAGCGGCGUAUCCGGCGGCUGGUGCAGCAUACACUGGAGCUGGGGCUCCUCCGCAUGGAGCUGGUCCUCCGCAACCUCCUCCGAAUGAUGGGAGAGAGAGUCUUGGGAGUUCAAAUCUUGGGAGUUGGAGUGGUGGGAGGGAUGGUCCUCCGCAUCCGCAUGGUGGUGGUGGUGGUGGUGGACUGUAA